AUGGCAUUCAAAAAUCCAAGUCUAGGCUGGGAAAAACUACAAGAUGUUUUUUACAGGGACAGAGAGCUGUGUCGGCUCAGAAUUCCUCCAGAUUCUCAAAACAAUAUGGUAUUUUCGUCAACUGUACUAGCUGUAGAAACAGAAAAUUCUAUCGAAGUGCACCUGUAUACCGGGCAAUGCGUGGGCAAAAUCGAGAUCUCUACGCUGCCAAGCGAAAUAGUGCAUUAUGAGUUCGAUCUAGAGGAUGAGGGGUCGCUUGCCAUUGCUAUGACGGACCGUUUAAGGGUUUAUUUCAACUGGAUACCGUUACAGUUUCGCGAUUAUCUCUUGGGUGAAGAGGUUGAAGACACAAUCUGGGACUUUAAGAAUCGAACUGCUGUUCUAUUAUCCUCGCAAGACUUGUACCAGUUUAAUGGUGAAAAGCUGGUCAGGAUAUGCGAAAACAAAGAACAGUUCACGCUUUUGACCAAGAACCAUUGGCAUUGCAAUAGAGACUUGGUUGUUUUGCUGGAUGUGGAUGGCGUUUACCACUUUGAUCUUAAGUCUCAGCUGCUUUUGAAGGAAACCAGCAAUGAGUCGUGGCAUUCGGUAGUGAUUUCUCCUCAAAGCUUUAUUUGCCUGUACAAUGCAAAGUCCUAUGAAAUCAAGAUUUACAGAAACGACAAAGCGAGACUGAUGGAAUUUAAACUAGAGUCACACCCUAACACAAUCGCCUGGUGUGGAGACGACACAAUAGCGUGCUCAUUCAAUGAAGAAGAAAUCAAGCUCUACGGACCCGACUCAUCUAGCGUCACCUUUUGGUAUCCUGAGGAGCUGAUAACAUUUCAGACUAACUUGGACGGCCUAAAAGUUAUCACAAAGGAGCGGGUACGCUUGAUAUCACGAGUAAACCAUCACACUGCGAACGUUUUCUUGAUGGGCUCUACAGAGCCUGGGUCAAUACUUCUGGACUCGGUCAGCCUUCUGGCUACUCAAGCACCGCGCGCGGUUGAGAACUUGAAAAUUAUAAAUUUAGACCAAGGUGUUGCAGAAUGUCUGGAUGCUGCUCGAGACGAGCUCGAACCAUACUGGCAAAAAAAGCUACUUUCUGCCGCUGCAUUUGGUAAAAGCUCUCUAGCGAAGGAAUCUCAAAAAUCUGAUGUAUUCGUUGAUACUUGCGAUAAGCUGAGAGUGCUGAAUAGGCUUACUGAAAAGGGCAUAAUACUUACGGUCGAUCGGCUCAAAUCACUCGGAGUUGACACCUUGUUGAGGCGACUAAUGAAAACGGGAGAUUUUUACGAGUGUAUUUCUAUUUGCCAGUUUCUCAAGCUUAGGAACAGGACCGCGACCAUAUUUGCAACAUGGGCAAAUGCAAAAAUCAUUUCAUCAUCCGAAUUAGACGACAAUGUUAUUCUCGACUCUAUCUCAAAACUAGCGGCAACUUUACCCGUCAAAUUGCCCAUGGCAGACAUUGGAAUGACAGCUUUGAGGGAAGGGCGUCCUAUUUUGGCCAAAAACUUGGUAGUUGAAGAAGCACUACCUGAAAUUGAGUUUCCUGCAUUAUUUGAACUUGAUGAACACGAAUUGGCUCUCAAAAAAGCAAAGGACUAUGGAAAUCCAGAAAUGACUCUUUCAGUACUGCUCAAACUACGUGAGCAGCUCACAACCACUCAAUUUACUAAGCUCAUAUUGUUGGUGAUGCGCGAUGACCAGCUUUUUGCCUACUUCUGCAGAAACGACAACACUUUUCUUAUUGACUACUAUCGUCAGUCAGAUCAGCUGAAUGAACUCGCAUAUCAAUUAUGGACCCAAGGAGCAGAGAGUGAGACCUCGAAUGAGUAUCUGCCUCAGGUUAAAGAACUUUUUGGCCGAAUUAUUCACGAUCCACUAGUCAAAAAUGAUCGAGAUAUCCUUGAGCGCCAGAUCCACUUGACGGAAUUACAAAAGCACUUGGAGCAAGCUCAUGGCUUAAGCUUUGUGAAUGCGACUUUGGACGAGACGAUCAAAAAGCUUAUAAGCAAUCGUCUUGACCGGCCGUUGGCCGCUUUAUUGAAAAAAUUCAAAAUAUCAGAUCAAAAGUACUAUCACAUUAAAUGCAAGCUCUUGGCUCAAGAUCAGAGAUUUGAAGACCUUUAUAAAUUCUCCCAGGAGAGAAAGUCACCAAUUGGCUAUAUGACUUUCUACAAACGUUGCCUGCAACAAAAGAAGAAAAAAGAAGCUGCCGUAUACGUCCGCAUGGUAUCUGGAAUACCAUAUGAGAAGAGACUGAAGAUGUACUUGAAUUGUUCCUCUUUUCAGGAUGCGAUUCAACUAGCCUCCAAAGAAAAGGACGUAGCGGGCCUGAAAGAAAUCUACAAGCAAGUGCCAGCCAACGAGCCCCAAUUGAGAGCAUUUAUAACAGAAACUAUGAAUAAAGUCUAA